AUGCUGCAGACGCGCCAUCCGGACUCGACUUUUGAUCUCAAAGUCUCCAGUCGUCGUCGUUCUUCCAUGCCACCGCAUUCACUUUGGUCACCACCAUCAUCAUCAUCAUCUUUCACUGGUCUCUCACGCAAAAGAAAACGCGAAGAAGACUCGUUUCCAGUUUCGCAGCCCUCGUCGCUGCGAAAACUGGCGAUGAGCCAUAUGAUCGGAUCGUCGGCCACUGCACCAUCAUCACCCUCGAUCCGCGCCAACGGACAGCGACCCAUUCCAGGCGCUCAUCAGUUUCACGAUGGCUUGCUGCCGCCAGCUGCUGCGUCGUGGUCCAGCGCACUAAAGGACCUCAACGACUUUGAGCUCUCGUCGUCACACCCAACACGCCCUGGCUUCCAGCAGCACUAUGACUCCCCCUACUCACGCAGCAUCCCGUCCACUGCCCCCGGUUCUCCUCGAAUUCCACCCCUUCGACAGAACUCCGGCAGUCACACACCAAGAGUCCGGCCACAUGCCACCACGCUGAAUAUCCCGGGCAUGACCAGGUCCAAGGCGUCCCCCGAUGGCAGAAUUCCCGACCGUGAUGUCGCUGCGAAGCUCGUCAUCAUCAUGGUCGGUCUGCCUGCUCGAGGCAAGUCGUACAUCACCAAGAAGAUCCAGCGCUACCUGUCGUGGCAACAACACAAUACCAAGAUUUUCAAUGUUGGAAAUCGUAGGCGCCUUGCGGCAGGGGUGGCCAACUCCGAUAGUGGAUCCCCGACCUCGGCCACUAACAGAGGAGUCGAUGUGCCCACCCAGGCUGCUACCAUCCUUCUGAAUGGCACGAAAGGUCCUGACAUUAUGGUAGAGGUUGAGCCGACCAAGCUGGAUCUCAAUGGGGAGCCCAAGUCGGCUCGCACCAAGAUUGACCAGUCGGCCAAGUUUUUCGAUCCAAAUAACGAGAUUGCAGCCAAGCUGCGUGAACAAGUCGCUCUCGACACCUUGGAUGAGCUCUUGGCCUACCUUCUCCACGGAGGCGGUGCUGUCGGCAUUCUCGAUGCCACAAACAGCACGAUCAAGCGGCGGAAGCUCUUGGUCGACCAUAUCAAAGCUCGGGAGCCAAAGCUCGGCAUUCUCUUCAUCGAAAGCAUCUGUCACGACCAAAAUCUCCUCGAGGCCAACAUGCGCCUGAAGCUUUCCGGGCCAGACUACAAGGACAAGGAUCCUGUCAAGUCUUUGGCCGAUUUCAAGGAAAGAGUCAAAGCCUACGAAAGUGCUUACGAGCCGCUGGGCAAGUGGGAGGAAGACAUGCAUCUUCAGUACAUCCAGAUGAUUGAUGUUGGGAGAAAACUCGUGCACCACCGACUCAAGGGAUUCCUUAGCGGCGGGAUCGCUUCUUACUUGACGACGUUUAACCUUUCUCCCAGACAAAUCUGGAUCACCCGCCACGGCCAGAGUCAGGAUAACCAACUGCAAAAGCUGGGCGGCAAUUCUGAACUGACCGAGAGGGGUCACUGCUAUGGCCUUGCACUCUAUAACUUCAUGACGUACAAGCGCAAAGAGUGGCUGAUUGAACAGAAGAACAAGAUCGCACAGUCGACCUUCCCACCGCUGCCAGGCGACAACACGCCACCAUAUCCCGAGCUCAACCAAGAGCUCGAGGACAAGAACUUUUGCGUCUGGACUUCGAUGCUGCAACGAAGCGUGCAGACGGCCGAGUACUUCGACGCAGACGAAGAUUACGAUGUGAAGGCUUGGGAGAUGCUCAACGAGCUCAACGCUGGCUCCUUUGAGGGGAUGACUUACGAAGAGAUUGCGCAAAGAUACCCCGAGGAGUACCGGAAACGGUCUCAGGACAAGCUCCAGUACAUCUAUCCUGGAGUGGGAGGCGAGGGUUAUCUCCAGGUUAUCAGCCGUCUCCGGGAUAUGGUUCGGGAGAUUGAGCGCAUUACCGAUCACCUGCUCAUCAUCGGACACCGAUCAGUUUGCAGGGUGCUGAUGGCGUACUUUAUGGAUCUCACUAGGGACGAUAUUGCCGACCUCGAUGUUCCGCUGGGGAUUCUUUACGCUAUUGAACCCAAGCCGUACGGCAUCGAGUUCCACGCCUACAAGUAUAACGAGGAGCAGGGCUGGUUCGAUGAGCUUCCCAACUACAAGCCUCGGAAGACGGUGGACAGGAACUCGUGAUGGAGAUUUUGACAUCCCAUCAUGUGUAACAUUAGGCGGCCAACACAGCUGGUUACGUUUGCCGCGCUUUGAUUUUUUUCGCUUUUCGGUUUUCGGCGUCUCGGGUUUCGGGGCGAUACCGUGGUGGCAACAACCACAACUCACUUGAUUUUUGACAUUUAUCAAGGAGGCUACACAAAGGCGUUCAUGGGACGGGGGCAAUGACUUAACGGACUAGGUACAGAUGGGACGAACACGUACACAACGUAAGCACAUGAGACAUCACCGGCACACUAUCAUCAUGGGUUGCUUUCAUCAUGGCGCUCGACCAAGCAACGGCUCCUUUUUUUUU